GUGUCGGAAGGGAGGUGGACGCAAAGGGAAGCAAAGUCAGCAAUUGGCGUUGAUGACGCUGCACUGGCAGUAAUAGAACCAAUCACAUCAUUCCUGCCCCUGGCAGCUGAAACCCUGAUUUCUGCAUUUAUCCCAACGCAGGCUAAGACAAGGAUGGAACGCAGACACAGAGAAGAGGAGGAAAAGGCAAAAAAAAUUGCACAGCACUUGAUAGGCAUCAUUAACUGAUUUCAUUGAAAGAACCAGAAGAGCAUCAGCCUCUGCAAGCUGUGGACUCUUAAAACUCACAACGCCUGCUCUGCUUUAAUAACCCCUCUCCUAGAUAAAAAGAGAGAGUGAGAAAAGAUAAAGGGGGAAGGGAAUGUGAAGCAGCCAAUGUAACUUAGCUGGAAGCUUUGAGCAUUAACCCCUAGAGGGAAAGCAAAGGAGGGGUGGGAGGGGGGCUGUGUGAAUACAUAGGAGCACUGCAUCACGCUAAUGUUCAGCUCAGAACAGUAUGCGUCAGCAGUACAUCCACGUUCUGACUGAAGGACGAAAGGAUGAGAGAGCAGCCUGGCUGGUUGGCUGCUGCUUGCAAUACCAAGCAAACAGGGAGAGAGGAGGACCAUUAGAAGAGGAAAAUGCUACGGGGCUCUGAUACCACUGCUGCCUGCUCUACUGCUGCUAAUACCACUGGGCAAGACAUUAAAGACAAGACGAGGAGAACACCACAACUCACUACCUCACAACAAAAGGCGCUACAGCGGGACUUCCACAAGGCAGGAGAAAAGAGGCUGUGAAAGCCUGUCCCCUUCUGCAGACCCACCUGAAAACAAGGGCUCAGCACUGAGGUGUAUUUUGUGUGUGGUUUUCUCUCCAGUGUACUUUCUACCAACCCUCCUUUCCAGCAGAGCUGCCCCCUUUUCUCCGAUCCCCUCCUUUAAGAUAUUGACGGAUUAUUGCUAAGUGUACAAGAGGCAGGCUACAUCUGCUGCAUCCACAGCUUGGAUAGCUAGUUUAAAAAAAAAAAAGAGGAAAAAAAAAAAAGCGAGCAGCCAGCAAGGAGAGAGAGAGAAAAAAACACUCCAUGCCUGCAAUGUGCUGCCUUUCUCUUUGUAGAAAUCAGAAUCCUGCAGACAGUCCAUGGAUCGUAGGAAUAACCAAGGAAUACUAGGAGAUUUAGGUCUGAGAAAACCCUGGUUCUGAGGAUUUGGGAUUCUCCCCUUCUCACACUCGUUGGAAAUGUAUUGAAACCUAUAUUACAGUUCCUCAGAAAUGGAUAAUCUUCAGUCUUCUUCUGCCACAGACAGUAGUGGAAUCCAAGGACGAAUAUCUGAACUGCAAAAGGCACUAGUCCCAAGGGAGCAGCAGAACGAUGCACCUGCAUAGCCAAGAGGGCCUCACCCCCAAUUUAUAUUUCUCUUAAUGUUGUUUUUUAUCUUCUGCUUUUGGAUUUACUAAAGGAGCCAUUUUGUCUUUCAACAACCCCCCCCUUCCCAUCCCCCUAUUACCUUAUCUAAUUAUUUUCAACACUAAUUAAAACUAAUGAAUCGAUGGAAUGACUGCUCCCCGAGCUGAAUGUUCUAGAGGGGCCACAUGCUUGAGGAAACUGGCAUGGUUCUCUUUCCCAAGUCUAUAGAUGGAAAAGGGAAUUUGCAGCCUCCUGAAGCCUGGGUAGGGCCAAGUUCUCAUUUCCAUGCCAAAUCCCAGACGAUGGUGAAUUAUGAACGUGCCACAUCAUGAAUUUCUUGUGGCUGGUAACUGUGCACCAUACCUGGAAGGCCGCCCUAUUUUCUACAAUCUACCUCAUGGUGCAAGCUUGGAUCUCCUGUGCAGCAUAUUCUGGGCCCCAGAGCUGCCCCUCUGUCUGUUCCUGCAGUAACCAGUUCAGCAAAGUGGUCUGCACACGUCGUGGUCUGACAGAAGUACCCCAAGGUAUCCCAUCGAACACACGGUACCUCAACCUCAUGGAGAACAACAUUCAUAUGAUCCAAGCAGAUACUUUCAGACACCUUCACCAUUUGGAAGUGCUACAACUUGGCAGAAACUCUAUCCGGCAGAUAGAGGUUGGAGCUUUUAAUGGUUUGGCCAGCCUAAAUACUUUGGAAUUGUUUGACAACUGGUUGACUGUCAUCCCAAGUGGGGCUUUUGAGUAUCUUUCCAAAUUAAGAGAGUUGUGGCUCAGGAACAACCCAAUUGAGAGCAUCCCAUCAUAUGCUUUCAACAGGGUACCAUCUUUAAUGCGCCUGGAUCUAGGGGAAUUGAAAAAACUGGAAUAUAUUUCUGAAGGGGCAUUUGAAGGAUUAUACAAUCUGAAGUAUCUUAAUCUUGGGAUGUGUAAUAUCAGAGACAUGCCAAACCUCACGCCUUUGAUUGGACUAGAGGAACUAGAAAUUUCUGGCAACAACUUUCCAGAUAUCAAGCCAGGAUCUUUCCGUGGGCUGAGUUCUCUAAAAAAGCUGUGGAUAAUGAACUCCCAAAUAAACAUAUUAGAGCGAAAUGCAUUUGAUGACCUAACAUCUUUAGUAGAGUUGAACUUGGCUCACAAUAACUUAAGCUCCCUCCCACAUGACCUUUUUGCCAACCUGAGGUACUUGGUGGAGUUGCACUUGCACCACAACCCAUGGAACUGCGAUUGUGAUGUUCUUUGGCUAUCUGCGUGGCUACGAGAGUAUAUCCCUACCAAUUCCACGUGCUGUGGCCGAUGUCAUUCCCCGCUGCACAUGAGGGGAAAGUAUGUGGUGGAGGUAGACAACUCAUCUUUUCAGUGCUCCGCACCUUAUAUGAUGGAUGCACCUAGGGAUUUAAAUAUUUCCGAGGGGAGAGUGGCAGAACUCAAGUGUAGAACUUCAGCAAUGUCAUCUGUUAGGUGGCUGCUGCCCAAUGGAACUGUGCUGAGCCACGCUUCCAAUCAUCCGCGAAUAACCAUUCUUAAUGAUGGGACGUUAAACUUUUCCCAUGUCCUACUAUCUGACACUGGUUUCUACACAUGCAUGGUAACCAACGUGGCAGGAAACUCAAAUUCUUCGGCCUAUCUCAAUGUCAGCACUGCAGAGCUCAACACUUCCAAUUACAGCUUCUUCACUACCGUGACGGUUGAGACUACAGAGAUGGUUCCAGAAGACAUCUCCAUGAUAUUCAAGAUGGUGCCAACCACUUCCACAGGGUACCAGCCGGCAUACACUACCACCACAACUGUACUCAUUCAGACCACCAAAAUGCCAAAACAGGUGGCAGUGCCGACAAUGGAUGCAGGAGACAAAAUGCAAACCAGUCUGGAUGAGGUCAUGAAGACCACUAAGAUCAUCAUUGGUUGUUUUGUGGCUGUGACACUAUUGGCAGCUGCCAUGUUAAUUGUAUUUUACAAACUACGGAAGAGACAUCAGCAGAGGAGCACUGUGGCUGCUGCGCGGACUGUCGAGAUAAUCCAAGUGGACGAGGACAUCCCAAGUGGGAGUCCCACGGGAAUAUCAGGUGAGGGGGCGGUUGUGCUGCCCACCAUUCACGACCAUAUGAACUACAGCACCUACAAGCCAGCACACCAUGGGGCCCAUUGGACGGCUAACAGUAUCGGUAAUUCUCUACACUCCACAAUUACAACCAUCUCUGAACCUUAUAUAAUUCAAACCCACACAAAAGAGAAGGUACAGGAAACUCAAAUAUGACUUUUUUUCAAAUUAAAAUGCAAUAGAAUGCACAACAGAGACAUUAACUUUUGUACAGAAAGAGAGAGAGACUUUUUUGUUUUCUUGUAAAUGCUUAUAUAUUAAAUCUAUGGGCUGAUGACAGAAACAGAUUAUAUUAAAAUUUAAAACUAUUUUCUAACUUGUAAGUUCUAUUUAAGAGGUGGUAUAAUGGAGAAUAUAGGGACACAAUUAAGAAACGCUGUUAUUGUACCAUAAUGACUAAAACACAGAGCUUAGCCCUGUUUCAAUCAAAAAUAUAUAAAAAACAAACCAAAAAAAAAAAAAAAGUAGAAAUCCUUGAGAGCAAUCUGCCAUUUUUCAAAAGAAGCUGCACGUAGGUAGCAGUGAUGUCCCUGUUUCUAAGGAAAAUUCUUUUGUUAAGAGUCCCAGGUUUAUCUUAUAAAAAGCGUUAAAAAGCACCACAAAUUUGUACUGUGCCAAAUGUUUAAAAAAAUGCAAUAAAGGAUCUUUUUUUGGAGACUUGGAAAGGAA